ACUAAUUCGUAUUGGGAAUAUACUCAUACAUAGUCAGUUAGUCAGUGUUGCGAAAGUAUAUUGUUGUUUAGUCGAGGGAUUUCUUUCAUUCGGCGCGCAGACAGCAUACAGAGCAGAGGUGGCCAACGGCACUCGUCGACUUUUUCAAUUGCAGCCGAGGUGCAUUUCAAUGAGGAAUUGCAUCGCAAUUUUGGUGUUGGCCUGGGCGGUGUGCGUCUGGGCCACCGAUGACCCCAUUGUGUUCCCCGCGGGCUCGUCGUCAUCGGUGCGCAGGCAACCUAACCGGAGGCCUGGCUUCAAAGCGGCGCCAUGCGUUUCUUGCAACAAAAGCAAACGCCAGUCCGUCCAAGCCACCACGUCCAAGCCCCAAUUAGAAGAGGAGGAUCAAGGCGUGCCUCUGGAUCUGAUCAAGAAGAUGAACGACAUCGAGAAUGAGUUUGAGUUUCUCGCCCUAAUCGGAAGCACAAACCGCGAAAUGGUGAAUGUGUCAGGCCUCUACGACGUAGACCCAGGAAGUCUUCAGUUCCGAAUCAGUAGAGCACAUAAUGAAGGGCAGACAAGUGAUGAAAUAGACGUUGAUAGUCCUGUGGCCCACUCCAUUGGCAAAAGUUCAGUUGAAAGGGCAAAGCAGGCGAAAUGCAUGCCCGAAAACACCACCGUCCUCCUCAAACCAGACAACUCGUCGGAAAAUCCCUUUACCAUUUACUACCCUAGCUGCGUGAGGGUGCAGAGGUGCGGUGGGUGCUGCAACUCGGACUUGCUUAGUUGUCAACCAGUCGACAUCAGGCUUAGAAAUUUUGAAAUUAUCGCAACGGAAUUCAAAGAUGGAAAAUUCUCGAACGUCAGAAGGAGAAAAGUACUUCAGGUAGAGGAGCACAUGAAAUGCGACUGCGACUGCAAGGUCAAGGCUGAGCACUGCAACACUCUGCAAGUGUACGACGCGCGAGCCUGCAGGUGCCGAUGCGUAAACAAUGAGGACAAGCAGAAAUGCGACGAGGAAAACAAAAUCAAAUUGUGGGACUUUGAGACAUGCCUGUGCAAAUGCAGGGAUGUCAGCGAAUGCAGCACCGGUUUUUAUUUUGACGAGAAAUCGUGCAGCUGCAAGUCCGACACGCUGAUUUACUCAAGGUACGAGACCACACCGCAAAAACCAGGCUCGGAUUACAAACUGUCACCCUGGGAACAGGUAACAGGGCUUCGCAGAAGCAUGCCCAGCUUGUAGUCGCAAGUUUUGAUUUACAGUCAACCCACCCCUAGUUUUUAGCAAGCAUAAUAUGUAUAUGGUAUCAACUAGCCUGAUAAACAUGUGUACUCAAAAUUAUGCUGUAAAAGAUACUUAUGAGGUUCUCCAUUACUCUAUCGUAUUUUGUUUAUAUUUUCAUAAUAAAAUGCGUGGAAAAGGAA